AAAGUCACAUGCUCCAAAAUGCACGAUUGGGACUGACUUUGUUCUUUAUUGUUUUGUCAUUCUACUGUGAUAGCCAGGUAAACUUUGCGUAGUCGGCUGCGGAAAGUUGGGGAAGCCAGUGGAUGUACCAUCGAACUCCUACCAAAAACAGACUUCCAUGGUCAGUCAGUCAGUCAGUCAUCAAGUUGAGAUCUGAGGAAUAACUUCUCAUCCUCGAAGAAGUCCAAGCUCAAUUUCUUAAUGAAAUUUGUGUCAUAAUGAUGUGUCCUCGAUUGUCCUUGUUUCAUAUCAUUGCCAUAAUUAGUAUUAGCAUUGUCAAAGCUCAGAAUAUUUUGGAUUUUGGAGCAGACGAUCGUGCGGAGCAAGACCGUUUGCAAGGUACUAUCGAAGAAUUGUGCAAGAAUCGACCAUUAAGUGAAUAUUUCAGACUUUCCACGGAAUCGAAUUGUCGCGAUGCUGUUAGGUGUGUCGGAAACGAUUUCGCAGGGGGGCAUACUUUAGCUGCAGUUCGAUGUCCCACGGGACUUUUAUUCGAUCUCGAUGGCCAAACGUGUGAUUGGGCAACUAAAGUUGACAAUUGCGACCGCUUGACCAAACCCCGACUGGCGAGACCCAAUUUCAAAACUGACGAACCCGUUUGUCCCGAGGGACUUCUUCAAUGUGGUGAUGGGGCGUGCAUUGACAAGCUUUUGUUUUGCGAUGGGAAUGAAGGUGAUUGUGAGGAUGGUUCUGACGAAGUCGCUUGCACAAUCGACGAAGAUCCUAACGCUGCUCCCAAAUGCGAUCGGUCUCAAUGCGUCUUGCCUGACUGCUUUUGCUCAGCCGAUGGAACGCAGGUACCGGGCGACCUUGAAGUGGGCCAAGUACCUCAAAUGGUUACCUUGACUUUCAACGGUGCUGUGAAUAGUGACAACAUUCCAAUUUUCCAAGAAAUAUUCAAGGAGGAUUUCAUCAACCCCAACGGAUGCUCGAUUAAAGGAACUUUUUUUGUUAGUCACAAAUAUACAAACUAUUCUGCUGUACAGGAUCUGCACAGGCGUGGUCACGAAAUCGGGGCAUUUUCUAUCACUCGCAAAGAUGAUCCUCAAUAUUGGACCAAAGGCACUUAUGACGAUUGGUUGGCUGAAAUGGCCGGGGCGAGGUUGAUCAUUGAACGGUUUUCAAACAUCACAGAUGGCUCUGUAAUUGGUAUGCGAGCCCCUUAUCUUCGAGUGGGUGGAAACCAGCAAUUUCUCAUGAUGAACGACCAAUUCUUCAUUUACGACUCUUCUAUUGCGGCUCCUUUAUCUAGAGUGCCAAUUUGGCCUUAUACUCUUUUAUACAGAAUGCCACACAGAUGUCACGGAAAUGCUCACAAUUGCCCAUCACGCAGUCAUCCAAUUUGGGAGCUCCCUAUCAACGAAUUGGACCGUCGAGAUGAUCCAAACUAUGAUGAGCGUUUGUCUGGUUGCACACUUGUUUCCUCUUGUUCUAACAUUUACGAUAAGCAACAAUUUCGAACGCUUCUAGAGCACAACUUCAACAGGCAUUAUGGAUCCAACCGAGCGCCCUUAACUUUAAGCUUCGACGCUGCUUGGUUAGAAAUCAACAAAGGGUUCACUCGUGUCCUAUCCGAUUGGAUUCGAGAGAAAUUAACCAGCCAAAGUGAUGUUUACUUUGUCACCGAGCUUCAGGUAAUUCAAUGGAUGCAAAACCCGGUGGACAUCAAUUCUCUACGAGAUUACGCCGAGUGGAAGGAUAAGUGCGAUGUCAAGGGUCAGGCAUUUUGUUCUCUCCCGAAUCCUUGCCCGCUAACGACUCGCGAGUUGCCAGGGGAAACUCUACGUCUUCAUACGUGCAUGGAAUGCCCAAAUAACUAUCCCUGGUUACUAGAUCCCACUGGGGACGGAUUCAGCUUCAAAAAAUGACUUCUUCCAGAUCAAUGCACAAACGUUUAUAAAUAUACAUCGAAUUGAAGCAAUUCACUCUGGUUUCGUAAA